ACAGUGUAAAGACGUCACACCCACAUCACACCAGAGACUUCUUCCUAGCCUAAACAAGCAAGGAUAAGAAUGACAGUUGCAGCGUCAAGCAGGCAGGCCGAUACACUUCAACACAACUAAGAGAUAUGGGACAUUCCAAUAUUUGAUCAACGUGUUCCUAUUAUUUUCCAUGCUCAUUUACGACGAGUGGAAUACCUAACGCAUUUUUUUUGUUUCGCCUUGUUUCUGAUGAACACAUUGCUUUGAAUCCUCUGCACAGACAUUGUUGACGAAAAUGCCAAUUUUUAUAACGCUCAGCCUCAGUUUAUUUUGAUUGCCAGGUUCAGAUCAAAUAUUUUGCCUGUUACACCAAUCUAGUGCUUGACUGCACAGUGGAUGACGUGGCAGGCAGCCAUUCGUUAAUCCAUCCGACCAUUAUCUUGGAAGGUGUGACUUGUGGGGAAUGUGUGGUCCUAUGCUUACAGAAUGGGUCAAGAGCACUCUGGCGUUUCGUACUCUGCUUCUCCGCGCAAAGCCAAAUGGAAAGCGAGUGACCGGUUUUAUGGGAAAUUAAUAAAAAAUAAGCAGUUGCAGUCGCUCGAUGGAACCCCACCAAGUCAGUCAGAGUUAGGGCUGGUAAUUGGACCUGGGCAUUCGGAAACCGGUCGUGGUGACGGACGAGUUAAGUUGUUGAGAGGCUGGACCGAGUCGGAGGUGGAGGGCCACGGAAUUUCGGUCACCGAAUGCCCAUCUGGAAUUAAUUAUGAAAAGACUCUGGUUUUUAAAGGCGACGCUUUGACGGAGGGAGCAACCGACGCGUCCUUCGAUGCGAGGGGCUUGAAUACACAGGCCUACAGAUUCGACGGAACCGGCAGUGUAAUCACGCAGCACGGCGGCCCAGAAACAACUGGAGAGGAUCAUGCCUGGAAUGUCCCGGCAAGGGAAAUGGAAAACAAGUCAUUCGGAAUCAAUAUACAGGGUGGGGUUGCUUCCGAUGUCCGUUUGUUGUCAGGAAUGGUACCACCGGAUGGUUCAGUCCAGCGGCUCACCUCGGGUGACGAGAAUGUGCGACAGACCCUGGCAUCACUGAGCUUGCGUCUGGACAAGCCUCUGACGACUUGCCUGUUAGAACCCAUAACGAAUAAUAUACCUCAAACGGAGGUCGAAAAGACCCAAUCGAACUUUACCACUGUUUCCUGCGAGCCCAACGCUGUCAGGGACAUUGACCAAGGCAAUUGCCCACUCAGUUGUUCAGUUAAGUCGGAGAAUCAGGAGGAUCCCUCGACCAACUCUGCAAAACAGCCACUAGAACCGAUCCAAAGUCCACUAUGUAGCCAAAGUUUCCCCGGUACUAUCCCAAAGCUGAUCAUAACCAGAGACCCAAGUCCCACUCGGGGUCAGGACACUCUAGAUACAAGAACUGUAGGACUUGAAGUCGGCGGAUCAUCCCUGGACCCACGCGUUGAAGAUGAGUCUCCCUGCUCGGAUAGUGGCUGUGGAGGCUCCCCGGCUUUGACGCGGGGUGACAGAAAGCUUUCCAACUCGUCCUCAGCGGGCUGCUUGUCCUCCGCCUCGUCGUUUGAGGAGUCCGAGGAUGACAUCACCUCCAGUGACAUCGAGUCCAGUCUCUCCCCGAGUAAAUGUUACACUCUCGGCAGUCCGGACGAGGGCACGUGGGUCAAGCCGUGGCAGAAGCUGAAGACCAUGGUACAAUGGUCCCCCUUUGUCGUGUCCUUGAAGAGGGUUUACCCCUGGGUGCAGCUCGCCGGGCACGCAGGGAACUUCCAGGCGGGGGAGGAUGGGCGUCUGUUGAAGCGAUACUGUGAGACUGAACAGCUGUGUCUGCAGAAGCUGAUGGAGGACAUCCUGCGGCCCUUCGUCCCUGGCUACCAUGGCGUUGUGCGUAGGGACGAGCAGGACUUCAACCUGAUGGACGACCUGCUGGCUGACUUCGACUCCCCCUCCAUAAUGGACUGCAAAAUGGGCACCAGGACCUACCUGGAGGAGGAGCUGCGGAAGGCCAGGGAGCGUCCGCGACUACGCAAGGACAUGUAUGAGAAGAUGGUGGCGGUGGACCCCGGGGCGCCCACGGAGCAGGAGAGGGCGCAGAAGGCCAUCCUGAAGCCCAGAUACAUGCAGUGGCGGGAGACCCUCAGCUCCACCGCCACCCUGGGCUUCCGGAUCGAGGGCAUCAAGAGAGCGGAUGGGACAUGCAACACCAACUUCAAGAAGACCAAAGACCGGGCCCAGGUGAUGCAGGCCCUGGGGGACUUUGUGGGUGGCGACAUUCAGAUCCUGAAACUCUAUCUGGAACGUUUGAAGGAGCUGCGAUCAGUUCUGGAGGAAUCACAGUUCUUCAGAACACAUGAGGUGGUGGGCAGCUCCCUGCUGUUUGUGCACGAUGCAUCGGGGAAGGCCCAUGUGUGGAUGAUAGACUUCGGGAAGACAGUGCCCCUGCCCUCCCCCGUCACCCUGGACCACCGGACCCCCUGGACGGAGGGCAACCAUGAGGACGGCUACCUGUGGGGUCUGGACAACCUCAUUGACGUCCUGGGUACCAUGCUUCCCCCCCAAUGCCUAAGCGAGGAGGGAGGCGGAGACACUUCCCAACUACAUCCCAUUUAGAGCAGAAGAUGAAAGUGGGAGCUGACAGAGAACUGUUUGUUUUGUUUACCAUAAUUGGAUCUGAGACUGGAGAAAUGGUGUGAAGGGAAGGGGGGGGGGGGGUUGACAGUGAGAGAAAGCACACAAUGCAUGUUAGACGAUGGGUCUGUCGCUGUGGCCCUCCUCAGCAAUCAUGUGGAGAACCCAACCACGCCAACAGACGGGUCACCUGUUGUUCAUUUCUUUCAUUAUAAGUGUCCUUUGAUGUAAUGGAGAAUGUGUUAUUUUAACUAUGGACAGUUUGACUUUAUCAAACCUCUUUUACAUACAUGUAUUUGACAACACUAGAACAUUGGAAAUACCUGUAUAUUUAAACUCCAGUGCUUAGCUUAUUUAUGUAAAUCACUUUAUUUAAAAAUAUAUAUUUUGCCUUAGCCUCUCCUGUCUUUGUACUUUUUCUGUGCCUAGAUUUUGGAUUGUAGGCUUUUUUUUUUUUUUUUUAAAUAUAUAUAUUUUUUACCAUUCUAAAGUUUGUUGGAGAGUUAAACUGAUGCCUGUAAUAUUAUAUUUUUGUAGGUUUGAUUUGACACAUGAUGAAAACUAGAGGCUGUUGUUGAUUGGCUCUGUCUAACCAACAUGGUAUCUGAUUGGCAGUUGACCCAGUUGUUUGAACUAGAUAGAAUUGUGUUUUUUCUUUUAUAUUUUCCCGCAGAGUUGGCAUAUGACUGGGUGGUCAUGACUAACUACACUGUAUUGCACUAUAGGGUUAUUUCGCAAAAGCCAUUGAACAAAGCGAGUCCUGCCCAUGUCUGAUUAUGGGUUCAGUCUGCCAUAAGCUAAAUAUUUUCUGAUUAAUGAAAUUUGACCCAAAGUCAGAAUUGUGACCAUUAUAUGUUCAAUGUUACUUUAUUUUUCUGGGAUGGGCAAUGAUUGUCCUGACAUCGGAAAUGACUAGCCUAGUAGAACAAGUCACCUUAAACUGGAAUUAUGAUGAAAUGUAUGUCUUUAAAUAACUGGAAGAUUUGUAUUUUAUUUAGUAUACAAUAAUUUCUUCCAAGUCAUUGGGGUGACUUUUUUUCUAACUGCAGGAGAUUUCUGCAUCUUUCUUUGUUUUGUUUUUUUGUAUAGUUGUUCUUUCAGGGUAUGGGAAUGAUGGUUAAACACUACCAUUCCUCUGUGAGUUGAGAUAUCAAUGUGCAUACCCAAGCUUCCCAUAAUGACUUCACUGAAUGUGCCACGUCAAGAGUUGCUGAGACUGUAGAUCUGUUAGCCAACAUUCCUACAUAUGUCUUGUUCCAUAUCCUUCAGCUAUGUCCAAAUUUGUUUUUGUAUGUGAGCAGAUUCCUCUAUCUGGAUAAUAGAUGGCUUCUGUGUGACUAUAUAUCACUGUAAAUCAGCAUUGACCCCAUGGAACUGGAAUUCUAUUUCUACUGUGGACAACUCUCUCAAACAUUCCACACAUAAAAGCACAUUAUGGAACAACGUAUUGUUUUGUUUACAAAGUAUUAUAUGAAUAUGUAUCUUACAUACCAUAUUUUAUUGUCUUAGCCAAUGACAUGUCAGAUUUUCAGACUGCGGCUGAGAGCUCGACUGUGUAUUAUGGUAGGGGGCUGUGGAGGUCUGAUGUCUUUUAAUUGGGAGAAGCCUUUUUCCUCUGUGCUGUACUUCAGGAGACAGUGCAUUACAAGAUGCUGGGGAAGAUUGUUCUGUUCUUGGGAUUUAGACUGGUCCCUUUUCUCUUUUUCUAGAAGGCCAUUCAUUGCAAUAAACUGGAAACAAAAUCCUUGCA